CGCGCGCCGUGUCUGGUGUUUUGCUGCCAGCAUAGCUGCUGCUGCUUGCUGCUUCAGUUCUCAGUUGUUUUUCGUGUCGGAAAGUUGUCACUUGAGCGGCUCGAGCUUUUUGAUUGUUGAGAUUGAUUUUGAGCAGAGCAAAGCAAAGCAAAAGCAAAGUUCUGUGGGAAUACAGUACUCUAAUCUAAAUACUACCUAGGGUCUACUACUAACUAGUGCUCGUUUGCUACUAGUUAGUUGAGGUUGCUAGGAAAAACCCGGUGUGUGCGGUACUUAUUCAGAAUUUUCACCUCCGGUUUCGAGUGUGGAGACACCGCUGCUGCGGUGUUGAUUUUUCCGGAAUUUUUGAAUGAAAACACAUCUCCGUUAAGGCAAAAAUAGUAACCACCGAUCAAGGGUGCGUUGGAAUCGCUAAGGAAACAAUAGAUGUGGUGUGCUGUACUGGGUGAUUUCACUCAGUCGAAGCAAAAGACGUGCGUUGAAGGAUAUCCGUGUGCAAUCUAGUGCAUUUUAGUUGUAUCUCUCGCUCGUCGCAGAAAUUGUGUUGUGUUCUUUGUGUUUCGUAAGAUCUCAUCUGGUUGACUACAGAAGGCAUUGUGCGGGUGGAAAUCGUAGAACCCGGUGCUGAAUAAUAAGGAAAAAAAAGUAAUACUCGUGUUGAAUUGUUAAAUUGGUAAACCUGGAAGGUAGAAGGAAUCGGUUCUUCCAGUCUCCCCGGAAUCACCAAGACGACGACCAGUGUAGAGCGUGAAGAAAAAUAUGAUUUGGAGCAGGCUACGAGCAAUCACUAGCAGUAAUGGCGAAGAUGUUUCGGGUAAUUCAGUUGAUGUGAUGCAGUUGGCUGGAAUCAAUCGUAAUAUUUCCACCGAAUCGGGAGCGAGCGAAUUCGAGGUGUCGAAGCCACCGACUGUCUUCAACGACGCGUGUAGCAAUUUUCAAGUGCAAUCCGCAAGUGCAGCAGGGCUGCUUCUACUGCCAGAAGUGAGUCGCAAAAGUUCUAUCAGCGAAGCCUACUACAAUCUAGACAAGGUGCUGUCGUGAAGUGUGAAGUGCAUUGGCAGCAGGAGGGUAGACGAAGAAGAAGAGAAAUUGUCAGUGGGUACUUUAGCAGGCAACAUAGCCGAAUAAGACGAUACUAAAUAGCUAUAUAAUUGCAUGUUGGUAAAAGAAGUGUGAUAAAAUUCGAACUUGUUGAGAGUAAAAGUUGUUACGAAGCACGCUUGACAAAAUAGGAGAAAAAAGAGCGCACGGCAAACCUGUUGAAACCAAAACCGUUCCAAGGCUGAGAAAAGCAAAGCGAAUUUCGUGAUCCGUCGUCGACGACGACGAGAAGCUUGAGAAGCAGAAAAGCCUAAAGUUACUGCGGCUUGAAAAGUUUGUUGAUUACCUAGCUGUUUUGUGGGUUUUAUUUGUUCGUACACCGAGAUAAAAUCAUCGUUUUUAUUUUUGACGUAAUCAAUUGUGUAAUUGUGCGUGUGAUUAAGUGUAAGUGUAAGGUGACACCCGCAAACCCCGUCUCGAUCACUUAUGAAAAAAUAUUUCCUAAACAAGAUGUCAACCGGCAAGCGCUUGGCGAAACGGUCCAUCAUCGGAUCCCGGGUGUGCGCGCCCGGCUCCGAUGGGAUCUGGUACGCGGGGGUGAUCCAGCAGGUUAAGACGCCCCCCUCGGAAAACCAAAAGGACAACACCAACUGCAUCAACCUGACGCCGAACACGCGCUAUUCGGUGCGGUUCGACUGCAAGCAGGACGUCUCGCGGCGUGGACUAGCCCGCGAGUUCCGCGGCAGCGAACUGGUGGGGCCCGGCUUCAAGCCCAUCACCGACGUCCGGCUCAAGCCGGGCCAGAAGGUGUUCCUCACCUACAAUGGGCGCGAAAGUGCCGGGGAGGUGAUCAACCACGACGACCUCAAGGACGAGGUCACCGUCAAGAUCGUUCCUAUCGGACAAGAGGUUAGUACGCCUUACGUUUUUAACCCCAACUUCCUUCUCCAUUAAAAAA